AUGACAAAUCAAGGAGCAGACACUGUGAUUAUCCAAAAAGAAGAUGGCACAACCGAGACGCAUUUGAUGUUGCGCUCAGAAGACGAUAGCACGCAUACGACGGUGGACCUUGGCCCUGCGAAAGAAAUCCAGCACUCUGAUGACUUUCCCAAACCAGCACAAGCUAGCCCCAUUCAAAAGGAAAAGAAAAAGCUUCAGUUCCAUAUGGCAAGCAAGAUCCAAAUCAUCCCAGACAAUCGACAAGGCCAACUCAACACUGGAUUCCUGGCUACAAUUCCUGGUGUCCUCAAGAUCGCCGAAAUCUUUCUGGCCUUUGUCGCCUUCGUACUGGCCAUAUGUGCUGACAGACGAUCAACAACCGCUGCAUGGACGGAACAUAUCACUUUCGAGACCAUGAUCGUCGUUGCUGCUUUACUUGCCGGCUACGUUUGCUUCCCACACCUUACCAUUCGCGAAGAACCCACACGGGAAGGACUGAUUGUCUUGGAACUGAUUUUUUAUGGAAUCAACACACUCUUCUAUUUCAUUUCCAUUUGGUUAAUGGUUCACUUGUCGGCUAGCUGGGGUACCGACGGAAGAGGAGCGGCCAUCAUGACUGCGAUCAUUUGCGUGGCGCUGACAAUCAUCUUUGCCAUUGAAACUUUCCUGAAGUUGAAAGCAUGGCGAGGAGAGAACGAACCAAGCAGCAAAGUGAUAACCACCGGACCACAACCUGCUCAAGGCUGA